GAAGCCUACGGCGGCGGCCGGCUCUCGCGAUAUUUGCCAUCAGAGCGCGGGGGGGCCCGGCCUGGAGGAGCGCUGCUGCUGCCGGAGGGGAACAUGUCGGAGUCUGACCUAGGCAGAAAGUGGGACCGGUGCAUGGCCGACGCAGUGGUGAAGCUAGGUACUGGUUUUGGAUUAGGAAUUGUCUUCUCCCUCACCUUCUUUAAAAGAAGAACGUGGCCCAUAGCCUUUGGCUCUGGCGUGGGACUGGGGAUGGCCUACUCCAACUGUCAGCACGACCUGCAGUCUCCGUAUAUGCUGCAUGGAAAAUUUGUCAAAGAGCAGUGACUUAUGCCGAGAAAAUCCCAGCGGGAGGAAAGAAAAACCAUGUUUAUUCCUCAGGAAUACUAAAGUGCCCUGGAGUGCGCUGACGUCCUAUGACAGUGCCAUCAGCAAUGCUUUCAACUCCAGCCACUGUUUAUGUGUUUGAAACCAAUUGUUUCUUUUGUAUUUUCUCUUUGGAAAUUGUAAGGAGGUGGUCUUAAAUAAAUUAAAAAUGGCAAGCCCA